AUUGGUGUAACCCUAUUACUUGCACGACAAAUGAUAAUCAGAGCAGAAAUAAUUUGAUUAAGGGUGUGUUUGGUAUGGAGGAAAACAUUUUCUACUUCCAGUUUUUCCAUGUUUGGUUGGUCAAAAUGUUUUGGAAAACAUUUUCUCUAGGAAAACAAGUUUCUUAAAAAUAAGGAAAAUGACUUCCCUAAUGGAAGAAGGGAAAAUAAGUUCCAUAAGUGAUAUUCCUUCUUCAUUGUCUCCUCCCCACUCACCAACGCCCCCAACCCCCACCCCUUGACCAUUCCAUCCCCGAGCCCUCACUCUCCACCCCAUCCCACACCCAUAGUGUUUUGGUAUAUUACAUAUAAAUGCUUUUGAGAUAAUAUUUUUUGGCUUACUUAACACUAAAAAAUAAGUAAGAAAACCACUUGUUUUCCAAGAAAACAUUUUUCUUCGUACCAAACACACCCUAGGUCAGUAUAGUUUUUUCUCCUAUUCCUCGUGAUGGUAAAUGCACUGGAUGGCCCGGUGGAGUGUUACCGUUGUGUGUGUCUUCCAUUUGUUCUGACUGUCAUCUACGGGAGAUGAAGGUGGCGAAAAUGAGGAUGUUGCAGUGGAUGUGUGGGCAUACGAGGAGAGAUAGGAUUAUGAUAUGAAAAUAUCCGGCACAAGGUGGGGAUGGCUUCGGUGGAGGACAAGAUAAGGGAAGCUAGGUUGAGAUGGUUUGGGCAUGUGCAGAGGAGAUGCACGGAUGCCCCAGUGCAGAGGUGUGAGAGGUUGGCUAUGGAUGGUUUCAAGAGGGGUAGAGGUAGGCCAAAGAAGUAUUGGGGAGAUGUGAUUAGACAGGACGUGACCUAGUUUCAGCUCACCAAAGACAUGACCUUAGGUAGGAGAUUAUGGAGGACACAUAUCAUGCGUAGUGUGAAGGAUGUGGCAAAUGUGAUAGCACCAUUGAUGGUAACGCCUAUAACACGGUGGCCAUUCUAUGUCUUUCUUGGCGGGGCAAUGUUUUGCUUGUUAGCAAGCAGCACAUGCCAUUUACUUUCUUGCCAUUCAGAGAAAUUAUCGUACAUAAUGCUGAGGCUCGACUAUGCCGGUAUAGCUGCCUUGAUUUCAACUUCAUUUUACCCGCCUGUCUAUUAUUCCUUCAUGUGCUACCCCUUUUUCUUAAACGUCUAUCUGGGAUUUAUCACUGUCCUGGGAGUUGGCACAAUGUUGGUUUCUCUCCUUCCUGUGUUUCAAAAGCCUCAAUAUCGAAGCCUUCGAGCAGGUUUAUUUUUUGGGAUGGGCAUGUCAGGUGUGGCACCUAUUAUGCACAAGCUGGUUCUAUAUUGGAACCAACCCGAGGCACUUUAUACUACUGGUUAUGAAGUUCUGAUGGGCGUUUUCUAUGGCGUUGGAGCAUUAAUCUAUGCUCUUAGAGUUCCAGAAAGAUGGAUGCCCGGGAAAUUUGACAUUGCCGGCCAUAGCCACAACCUAUUUCAUGUUCUUGUGGUGGCAGGGGCUUAUACACAUUAUCGUGCGGGGUUAAUUUAUCUGAAAUGGCGUGACCAGCAAGGGUGCUAAGAAUCACCCAAGAAGGGCCUAUUAGGUUCAUUAAAUGUAUAUAAAUAUAGUGAGUGAGAGGUCCAGAACCUUUGUUGUUGAACCAUGUUCAAGAAUGACUAAUUUUGUAACUAUCUCAAAGUAAAUUUUAGCUUAUAUUGAUUCAACAGGCGCAGUUUGUACUCACCUUAUAUUUGGAACUAAAAAUUUAAAGAUUGAAACCCAUUUUAAGGUUUGGAAAAACGUCAAAAAUAUCCUUCGACUA